AUGGUUGAUCGAGGCAAGCAGGAGGCCGAACUGGUUGUUGGUGGCGUUAGGCACGGAGAAACCGGCUGCUAUAUGGAGCCGACUGUGUUUCUAAACCCGAAACCGGACGCGGACAUCUACAGGAAAGAGAUAUUUGGUCCAGUGGCAGUAAUUCGGACCUUUGAAAUAGAAGAGGAGGUUUUGAAGUGGGCAAAUGACUCCGAGUAUGGCUUGAUGUCGGGUGUAUUUACCAGCGAUAUUCAAAGGGCUUUGCGCUGCUCUGAGCAGCUCGACUCUGGAGUUGUGGGCGUGAACUGUGUCUCGUACAUGAAUAUGCAAGUAUGUUUUGGUGGCCGUAAACAGUCAGGUAUCGGUCGGGAAUUCGGCGAGUAUGCCUUGAAGGCAUACACUGAGCCUAAGGCAAUACUCAUCAAUAUGAGUUUCUAA